AUGGCGGCAGCAGCAGCGGGAAAACUGCAGCAGAAAACAGCAGCCCAGCUGAAAACAGCAGCCCAGCUAAAAACAGCAGCCCAGCUAAAAACAGCAGCCCAGCUGAAAACAGCAGUUGCCAUAAAAGUUGUCAAUAAAAAGCAUUAUGGAGAGUUGUACGGUAGGCGGGAUUGUGAUACGCAUGUGAUCCCGGAAGGAUAUAAUAUGAUGAUCCUCAAGAGACCUCCGCUCUGCCCGCACAUCAUUGAGCUCUACGAGUACGCCAUGGAGGAAAGGAAUAACUACCUAGUCAUGGAGUACGCGUCCUCGUACAUAACCUUGGAUAAAUUCAUCAGGAAGAACAAUGGCCUCCUGAGUGAGAGUGUUGCGCGGCCGCUGAUCAUGCAGCUCAUUAUUGCAACACAGCGCUGCCUUGAGCAUGGCAUAGAACAUGCAUCCAUACAUAAAGAAAACAUCCUGGUCAAUCCAAAGACCCUGCAGCUCAAGCUGAUUGAUUUUGGCAACAGUUAUUGUGUUGCAAGAGGCUACAGGAGAGACCCCACUCUUGGAGUAACGAGAUACCGUCAACAGGAGCGGGAACCCUACAGAGCCACUUUUGCUGUUGAAUCUCAUGUCAUGGCUGUUAGACGACUACUGUCCUAUAUGGUCAAUGGAUAUCCCUGUUUCUCCAAAUAUGGACGUCCACGAUUUCACCCCAGUUUGUCAGCAGAAUGCCGGGACCUGUUAUGGUGGUUAAUCGGUUUCUACCCUCGAACAGGACCUGUUUUAGAGGAGAUUUUAGAGCACAAGUGGUUCAGCAUGAAGUAGACCCCAUCAGCAGCAGGAAACAGGUUUUCAUACUUCCAUUUGUCAAAUUGU